AUGGUACUUGUGGAGCAAGGGAAUGUCCCUCAGGAAGAUCUUGCAACGGCAGCAGCCCUAUAUGACCAGUUCAGUGCUGCCCAGACAUUCAAGUCCAUUCUCGGGACUUUCCGGCACCUCUGUCAUGUCUUGCGGAUAAGACCCACACACUUCCCCCAGUUUUACCCCAUUCUCAAGAGCAAAUUGAAGUCAUGGAAAGCCCAGGCAUUAUGGAGUAAGUUUGAGAAGAGAGCCAGCCAUCGAUGCUAUGGAAAGGGGAAAUCCUGUGCCAAUCUGAGGGUGUUGGUGAUUGGGUGUGGACCAUGUGGGUUGAGAACAGCAAUAGAAGCCCAGUUGCUUGGUGCCAAGGUGGUGGUUGUGGAGAAGAGAGAUAGAUUUUCCCGCAACAAUGUCAUCCACUUGUGGCCCUUUGUAAUCCAUGAUCUUAGAGCAUUAGGGGCCAAGAAGUUCUAUGGGAAAUUCUGUGCUGGUGCCAUUGAUCACAUUAGCAUCCGUCAGCUCCAGUGCAUUCUUCUCAAAGUUGCACUCCUCUUGGGUGUGGAGGUCCAUGAGAAUGUCACCUUUGAAGAUCUGGUUGAACCUUCUGAUCAGUCUGUGGAGAGUCAUGGUUGGAUGGCACGACUUUCUCCCCAUGACCAUCCUGCUGCACAGUAUGAGUUUGAUGUGUUGGUUGGUGCUGAUGGAAAAAGGAAUACCCUCCAAGGUUUUAAGAGAAAGGAGUUCCGUGGGAGGCUGGCUAUUGCCAUCACGGCAAAUUUUAUCAAUCGGCAUACAGAAGCAGAGGCCCGAGUGGAGGAGAUCAGUGGAGUGGCAUUCAUCUUCAAUCAAAAGUUCUUCAAGGACCUGAAUGAGGCUACUGGGAUAGACUUGGAAAAUAUUGUUUACUACAAGGAUGAAACUCACUACUUUGUGAUGACAGCAAAGAAGCAUAGUCUCAUCUGCAAGGGAGUCAUCCUUCAUGAUUAUCCUGACACUGCAAAGCUGUUGGCACCAGAAAAUGUGGAUCGGGAGGCCUUGCUGGACUAUGCCCAGGAAGCAGCCAACUUUUCCACUGAGUACCAACUCCCAAGCCUGGACUUUGCAUUGAACCACUAUGGGCAGCCUGACAUUGCAAUGUUUGACUUCACGUCCAUGUUUGCUGCUGAGAAUGCAUGUCGCAUGGUGGAUCGAAAAGGGCACAAACUCCUCAUGUGUCUUGUGGGAGACAGUCUUCUGGAGCCCUUCUGGCCAACGGGGUCAGGGUGUGCAAGAGGAUUCCUGAGCUCUUUUGAUGCGUGCUGGAUGAUGCGGAGUUGGGCUCUUGGCAACACAACUCCCCUGCAUGUUUUGGCUGAACGGGAAGCUAUUUAUCGUCUCUUGGCUCAGACCACUCCUGAAAACCUCCACAAAGAUUUCAAUUCCUAUACAUUAGAGCCUCAAACCAGGUAUCCAAAUCUAGUGACAGGUUCAGUGCUGCCUUUUCAAGUCCGUGGCCUGUUUGACACGGAUGCCCCUGAUUCGGUGGACUUGAUGGCUCCACUGGUUUCUGUCACUCCUACUGUGGAGGCUCCUCGGAAGAAGAGAAGAAGAGAUUCCAUGGUUCACCCUGACACGCUGGUAUUAUGGCUCCAGAAGCAAGUGGCUCCCUUUUUCCAGCUGAGCCUUGAUGAGCAGGAAUUUCUUUCCUCUCUGAAGAAUGGCCUGGUUCUGUGUGCAAUUCUCCAUCGUUAUCGGCCUGAUCUCAUUGAUUUCCAAAAGUUUCAGCCUGAAAAUGUGGCCCGCAAUAAUCAAAUUGCAUUUGACAUAUGUGAAAAGGAGCUUGGCAUCCCACCUGUGAUGACAGGAUUGGAGAUGGAGCAAUGUGAAGUGCCUGACAAGCUGACAAUGAUGUCCUACUUGUCGCAAGUGUACGAGUGCUUCCGGGGAGAGAUCCCCCAAGUGCCAAGAGACUUACAGGGUAUGGAAAUGUGUUUGGAAGAAAGUGCAGAGGGAGUUUCGCAAACACAUGUAACACCAUCUCCAGUAAGCAAGAGGCCAUCUCCAGGCCAGCGCCUUUCGCUUCUCAACAAGAUCUCUCGGAUCAACACGAGAAAACGCUAUUCACUGGAACUGGAGAAGAAAGAAGCUGUUUCUGCUGGACGGAGGGCCAGGAAGAGACGCAUUCAUGAUCAGUCACGACAUUCGGAGCAAUCAGGACACUCUGGGGGAAAGAAGUCAUCCCAUCGCCAUCAUGACUAUUCGCAACAGUAUCAAAAAUCCAUGCAGCUCCUCCAGAAUUAUUUCAAGGAUGUGCAUGAAAUCCGAGUGACUUCUCCUGAAGAUCCAUUACCGGAAAUGGAGGAUUUUACCCUCUUUCUGUAUCGCCAGACCACUUCAAAGUUCGAUGAUAAAGUUCGAUCCUUGGAACAGAAAUUAUUUGAUCCUGAUCGAGAAACUAGGCAGGCACGCCUUAUUGCUUUCAGUCGGAAGGAAGCACAAGCUGCAGGAUCUCUCAGUGGAAAGGUGCAGCAUCUGGAAGAGAAAUUGCAGGAUCAGAUCCUGGGUCCCAAGAAACCAAAGGACAUGAUUCGAGCAAUAGGGAAGAUUGAGCGGGGGGAUUGGAAUGUGAAGAUGUUGGAACAGAAGAUACAGGACCAGAAGAUUGGUGCAAAAAGGUCUCAUCGUGAGGAGAAGGUUCCUAAGUGGAACAAGGAUACCUUUGAUGACAAGCUGCAAAAGGCAAAAAAGAAGGAAGCACAAGAGGAAGGGGAGCCAUAUCCCAAAUAUCAGGAAAUCGACCAAAAGCUCCGUCUGUUGGAAAAGAAAUUGCGGGAAGGCAGUACAAUGGAGGUGGGUCAGAGAGGUGCCAACAAGGUCUCAGCCAUGGCACAACAGCUCACAUCCAAGCUUAAGGAAGAGAAAGUGCCUGAGAAAGUGCCCUUGCAGCGAAGUAAUUCCAAGCCACUGAUCUUCACUUCCAAGAGUAGUGCAUCUGAAACGUGCCAUUUCUGUGUCAAGCGAGUUUACCUGAUGGAACGUUUGAGUGCUGAAGGACGAUUCUUCCAUAGAGGAUGCUUCCGCUGCGAGUAUUGCUCGACAACACUACGACUAGGAAAUUAUGCCUAUGACCGUGAUGAUGGUGAGAAUGGGAAGUUCCUCUGCAUGCAGCAUUACAUCUAUGGGUUUGCCAGUGGUGCUUCAAGACAUAAAUAUCAGCAGAAGGCUGAAGAGAUUGCUGCUGUUUCCAAGGAGAAUCUUCCCCCUCCUCCAGAAGAUUCCAUGGAUGUAGGGGCCACCCCAGAAAAGGCAGCUGUAAGCCCAAGGUACCUUGAGGGAGAUGAAAUGCAACGUGUCCUCACCCCAGAGAGAAUAGAGUUCGAAAAUUCACUGGAGCUGGUGUCUGAGGAAGAGGUCCUCAGUGAAAUGGAUGAAGAUGAAUGGACUGAUCACAACUUUGGACCUGCCAUGGCCACAGAAGAUGAAGCGUCAGACCUCAGUUCAGAUUCAGAUUCAGAUGAUGAAUAUGAGGAGAGCUUGGAAGAACCCAUGCCCCUUGCCUUGGAUGCAGAUGAGACUCGAAAACUUGCUGAACGCUGGAAGAGGAGGCAUACAAAUGAAGGACUGAAUGAGGAAGAUGCCUCCAUGAGCACUGAAGAAGAGGGAGAGGAGUCCAGUUAUGAGGAAUGUGAAGAUCCCAGGGAAGAGCGCAUCAGACAUGUUGGCAUUCAGGAGCCUGUAAUCAAGGUUCAGUGUCGUCUCAAUGGUGACCUUGGCCAUAAGACAAAAACAAAGGAAAAGAAGGAAGAAGUUGCCAAGAAGAGGCAAAGCCCCGUGCAAACUCGUGAAAAAACCAGAGACAUUGACCCAGCCAGGAAAAAGAAACUGUUACAUGCCAAUGUGCAAGACGUGAGAACAGCAUCCACAGAGAAUCUGGCCGCCAAACGUUCUUUGGAACUGAAGAAAAACUACAUGCUCCUAGGAUCUGCUAGUGUGGACAAUGUAUCUGUUCAGAUCAAUAAAGCAGUCCAGGCUCCAAAUGGUGAUCGAUUUCAGGACUUCCUCAGCAGGAUAUCAGAGCGUCAGAAGUUGCUAAAUCCUGCUCCUGAACCAAGUCCUGCAAUGCAGGCCUUUCUGCGGUCCUCAACCACGCUUGGUCUUCGGAAUCAAGCUUUGGCUUCUCUCAAAUCGGGUGCACAUGUGAUAGCGAACGGCAGCCUCCCUCAUGACAGUCCUUCCCCAAGUGCAAAAGUGACUCCCCCAGGACUUCCUCCCUCAGUGCAAACUGUUUCUGCUCACCCCACUUCAUCUAGUCAGAAAGAUGCUCAGAAAGAGGAUAUUUAUUUUGCUCAGGCUGUCAUUGUGAAUGGUGAUGAAAGUGCUGAAGAUGAAGAGAUUGGAGAGGGUAGAGAGAAAAAAGUGACUCAUGUAGAAGAAGUCCAAGGUGAUCUGGUGAAAGAUGUUGAACCCAUCUCAGGUCAGCCAAUAAGUACUGUGGAACUUCAAGGCAAACCAAGUGAUGGAGCAAUCACAACUCCCUUACCUACAUCAGAUCAUGAAGAACUUCCUGGAGAUGAGGUGCUCGAUGGACAACCAUCUCAUGAUGGCUCCCAACACAAUAAUAUGACACCUCAUUCACCUAAACCAAUUUCUGAAGAACCUGAAAAUGUAACAGAAGUGAAGCAAGUUCUGCCUUCCAAAGAAGAGCCCGAUAAAAUACCUGAGGUGGUAUUCAAGCAACCACAUCCCAUUCCACAUCAUGCAGCUUUCAAUGGCAAUUACAAAGACAACCUAGAAUUGCAACCUGCUAACGCCAGCAUGAUUUUCGGUGAUAUCACCAUGACCAAUGAAGAUUCCAUUGAUGAUGAAUUCGACAAGCUUCUGGCAUCAGACACGACCAAAGAUCUUGACCAGCUUUCAGCCCACUUCAGUGAUGUGGCAGCUCAGUCGACAGGGAAGGAUGUGACGUGUGAUCCAUUUUUGUCAAUUGAGGGAGGUCUGAUUUCAUUAUCAGGUCCAGAGUCACUCCCAAUUGAAAUGGAUGAUGCUGAAUGGGCCAUUGACAAUGACCUGGUGAGCAUGGAAGAUGACUUCAAUGUGGAAGGAAAGAUUGAUCCUAACUUCAACAUGCAGAGGUCUGCUGCCAUCCAGGAAGUACCUGAAGAUCUAUCAGAUGACUCGAGGAAAGCACCAUUGCUGAACUUGGAUGACAUCGCCUUCAUGGAUUCAGGUUCUCCUCUCAGUAUGACUCCUGAGCACAAGCUUGCUGAAGUGCCUGUCUGUGAUGAAAUCAUUGAAGAGUUUGAAGAUCUCUCGGCUGAAUUUGUGGUUGAGGAUCAGGUGGAAGCUAUCAAUGAGGAACUGAUUUUGAAAGCUUCAGAUGAGUCCAGUACAACAACUUCUGGUCCCGACGCAGUAGGUCAGGUUUCAGACUUUUCAUCCGAGCCUUUGUGCAUCCCCGAUAGUCCUGGCACAUCGCCCUCUCAUAGUUACCAGUAUUCGGGCGAGGGACCUGGCUCCACGAGUGAAACAGCUUCAUCAAGUGGUAUCACUGAAGUCACCCCUACUUCUCAGGAAGAGGCUGUACAGAUUCCUUGCGCCGUUUCUCAUGAGGUCAUCUGUGAUGAAGUUAAGAAAGAGACCCCCUUUCAUGAAGAAAUAAAUAUCACUCCAGAUCAUAAGGCCCUAUUAAAUAGCAGUCUGGAUGAAGCCAAGGAUAGCUUCUACACCCCUGAGGGAGAUGUUGUUUCUUGUGAAGACGAUGAUGAGCUGGACCUCAACAAUACGGACAUCCAUUGGUUCUCAAAGCAGAGUCCCUUUGGCUGCAUCCGAGACUCCAUCAAUAUUCGCAAAUCCUCCCUUCGAAAGUUGUCCAUGCAGUCAGAUGAAGACAGGUCUUCAUCCAGCGAAACUCCAGACAGUGAGAAGCAGAAAAAGAUGUUGAAAAAGUUUGAGAAGGAUCGUGAGAAGCAGGGCAACCUCGUUCGUGAGAUGGUGAUGUCAAAAAUCAAGAGUCCCGAAAGAAAGGACCGCCGUGGGUCUCGGACUUCCUUGAGCUCGGGGAAUCGAGGGAACUCCGUGUCUCCUUUCAAUGAGAGCCUUGAAAGAAGAGCCUCGACUGGGAAUGUCUUUGCCGAAGCAAACGAGCUCUCGACACCACGCAAGACAUCCGCUCCUUUGGGGAAGGAAUUGGAGGAUUUCUACACUCCCAUGACCAGCAUGAAGCCAAGAACCAAUCUUGUACGGCCCCUAUCUAUAGCGAUUCCGCCCUGUAAAGACCACGCCUCUCCUGUGGACAGCCCCACGCGGAAAAUUCUACCAGAGACUCCUCUCACAAACCCCAACAUGUUCCGAAAUAGUCCGAAUCUGUUUUCGUCACCUGAUUUGGCAAGCUCAUUACAGUCUGGGAAGACUGUGAUGUUUAGGCACGGAAGAGAUCGAUCCAUGAUGAGGAGUGACCUUGGCAUGGGGUCUGGGAACGUUCUCGAUCGUCUCCAUAAGAGUGCUUCGUUGAGUGACAACGAAGACAACGAGAAGGUCGACGAACGUUACGAGCAGCUCACCGGCAUCAAGCGCAAGAUCUCCGAAAGUGCGUGGAAACUUCAGCCUCUGAAAGAGCUGCAAGAGGACCGGAAGAGCAAGAUGGAGAUGAUCGAGAGCAUGUCCGUGUUCACGGGACAGACGAACCCGAAUCGCAGCGUCUCGUGUCCCAACUCCCCCAGCAGAGGAGAGCAGGCCGUGGCGUCUCCGCCCCAGGACGAGAAGAACGCCGGGAGCGAGAAGAAGAAGAAGUCGAAGGACCGCGAGAGGAGGCGAAGCAUCAUACAGAUGGUCCAGGGACUCUUCAGCCGCUCGGGCGAGAAGUCCAAGGAGAAGGUGAAAUCCCGCAGCCCGUCUCCGCCCCCGCCCGUCGCAUCGGAUCAGAGUCCGAAGCUGAAGGAGAGGGCAUCCCCCUUCCGGCUCAAGGCGAAGGAGAAGCACAAGCACGAGAAGAAGGCGAAAUCGCGAUCCAAGAGCCCACCUGCAGAGCUCAACCAGAGCGUACAGAGCCUCAGUCUGGAAGAUUCUGCGUCGAGUGGCAAAGAUACUUCCGUCACCCUCGCCAUGCACCCCGAGGAAGAGCCCAACGCGACGGAUCUGAGCGGGAACGUCAGCCGGCGUCACGAGAAGCUCAUCAAGCGUGCCGCUCGCCAGGCCGAACUCAAGAGGUUGAGGAUGGCCCAGGAGAUCCAGCGGCAGCUGGAAGAAUUGGAAGUGAAGCAGAAGGAAGUCGAGGAGAGGGGGGUGAACGUCGAGAAGGCUCUCCGAGGGGAAGGCACUUCAACGGACAUGAAGAGAGAUGAAGCGGAACUGAUGCAGGAAUGGUUUGCGUUGGUUCACGAGCGGACGCGACUGGGUCGAUACGAACAAGAACUCCUCGUUCGGGCCAAAGAGCUGGAGCUCGAGGACCGCCACUCACGACUGCAGCAGGAGCUGCGAGACCGACUCGCAGUCGAUGACAUGAACAAAUCAAAGGAGGACAUAGAGGAAGAAGGCCAGAUCCUGGCCGAGAUGCUGGAGAUAGUGGAGCAGCGAGAUUCUCUGAUAGCCAUGAUGGAGGAGGACCGUCAAAGGUAUCCCAUGAACCUGGACCCGGAGACUCAAUCCUGGCUCAGACGAAACAGUCUCUUCACGCCCCGACCCCCCCCUUUCCAGGCCGUGACCCCCCUGACCUCUCCUCCGACCUCUGACCUCAUGCCAUAUCUCUCCACUCUCCUAUCACUCUUCUUGGUCUUGCUAUGGCUUCUGGCCUCGUGGCUCCUCCACCCUUUCAUGGAGUAGUUUCUUUUUCACUCAUCAUGCAUGAUUCAUUUACUAGCACAACUUUUAUUCCUUGUUUAUUCAACUGCGAUAUAUUUGUGCUCUGAUUUUUUUAUGUUCAAGAUUGACAAUUUUUGUUCCUGUAAAUGCUCAUUUUAUCUUGAUCUUGUUUUUGGUCAGUUUUCUGUUCACUUUCAGCUGUGAUUGGCAUGAUCAUGUUGCACUGUUGUUUGCCAGCGCUGUUUACAGGCUAGGCAGUUUGUAAAAUAUGUUAUGGUGGCUGGAUCGCUGGGCUUUUUUUGGGCCAUGAUCUGUGCAGGUUCACAGGCACAAUCACCCUCUGCAGCUGCCUGAGUUUCCUAUUCACAGGUGAGCAAUUGUGAUGGAAGGUGGGAAUCCUGGCAUUUUUUCAUGGGCUGCAAUCACUAACAAGUUGUGGGGAUAUCUUUACAUUAAUACUUUACUCUGAUAAAGAGGGUGAAAUGCAUUCUUGGGCCCAAUGAGAAAAGACCCUGCUGUACCUGCACUUUAAAGUGUAGUGAUACAAGAAAAUCUGACUGGUUUGCAUGCAUUCUAUUCAGAAUCACAGAAGUGGAUUGUAACUGUUCGCUGAAUUGUAUGGAGCGAAGGAUUCUUCUACACAAAUUCCAAAUGAUUUCCAUUGAUAGUGACAGACCUCAUUAUGACUACUUAAAUCAUUUUCAGGACUUUUUUGUUUUCACAGUUUAUGAUGAUGCAGUAUGCAAAUUUAAAAGACAUGUAACAGCAAUUGAGAAAUGGAAUUUAUGAUUUCAAUAUGAUUUAGUAAAAGUAUCCAAAUGAAAGCAUUUUUUGUGCUCAGUUUUAUUUUUUUCAUAAACUAAGUGUUCAAAGGGGUGGGAUGGAUUUGCUAUAGAACUGAUCAGAAAAAUGGUUCCUUUGGUGAUGGUGCAUGAUAGUGAUUGUAAAAAAAAAGUUGUAUAAUUGGAUCUCACAGUAUGGGACUUUCUUGAUCACAAUCAAUUCAGUAUUCUUAGUUGAUUGCUAUCAAGUCAGUUGAUUAAGUUAGUCAACUGAGCUGUGAUUCCACGGGUCUGCAUGCGUGUUUGUCGUAUGACCUGGUUUGUACUGCAAGCCACGGUAAAAGACUUUCAUUGAGAAUGUGGAGCACUCUUGCUGUUGCAUGAAUCUUAUUUUUGGUUGCACGAGGACUUGCCAGUCCGAUACAUCCCCCCCCCGUGACCGAUGACGAGGACUCUGACAGGACUUCCAUCAUCAGUCCUCUUUGUUUCAGAGGCAUGCAGGUGCUUCUGGAGGAUGCACAAAACUUUCUUCCUUCUUCCAGGUACCAGGAAGAAGACAAGGACUUGGAGGCAGCAAUGCUUGCAAAGGGACUCCAGUUGACACCCAUUCGAAAGGAGACUGGUGUCUAGUGACUGCUCUCUAUACCACUCCAACGUUUUUAGGGCUUUCAGGUUUUUUUUUUAGAGUACAUUACCAGCUUUGCAUCCUAGUAGGCUUCCUAUGAGUUUCUUCUCAGGUCCCCUUUUUUUUCUUAAUUCUUAUAUUUUUCUCCCAAAUGGAUGGGAAUUGCUCAGUAAGCCUGCAUAAUAGGUGCGUAAUACCAUACUUCGUCGAAGGACGGAUGCUCGUUGCGGCUGCAGGGGGCUCUUGCAGCAUGACAAAUAGCCUUGAGCUGCCUUCAUUCUUGUUAUCCAAUGUCGGACGCCACUGCUGGUGGAUUUUGUAUCAUGCAACUUAUCUAGAUGGUGCAUGCCCACUUUUGGCUAUUGACUAGUUUUUGUCCUCCAUUGGAUUGUUUGUUGUGAUACCUUUCCCCUUUAUUUUGUGUCUAUUGUGUC